GACAUUCUUGAUGUUGGCCUCAGCAAGAAGCAGGCUGUAAAUAGAAAUUGGCUUCCUAAUGCCUAUUAUAUUUUGGGUAGCCAACCGUUGUCUGCUGUCGGUUUAUGCAAUACUCAUUGCUUUGGUAAACACAUCAUUAGUUGAUUUGCCCGCCUGAAAAUAAUCAAUUUUUUUAUUUUGUACAAGUGUCUUUCCGGUAUUAAUUCCUUUGUCGUCUUUUUCAGGUACGAAAACCUUGGAUAGGGACCUUCUUGGUUUUGACGAGAAUUGGAGACCUGUGUGCACGCAGCCUCCUCAACCUAAAGCUAAAUACGACACAAUAGCAACGUAUUCGACCCGAGCUUCCUCUCGUCGCUCUACUACCACUGUUGCAAAGAAUCGUGUGAGUGCCGCCUGCAAAUCCAAAUCCUCCUCUGUCGUUGUUUCUCAAGCUCCGCCUUCAUCCACAAUGCAGUCCAAUCCCACAGGCCGAGGUGGAACCCGCCGGAAAAGGUCGUCUCUUAAUUCCAGUCGGUCUAAUCCGACUAAGAGGGCAAGGGGCACUGGUGAGGAUGAUGCUUACGCCGAUCACGAGGCAAAUGAGCCGGUCUUGGAGUCUGCUGCCAAGAAAACUACUGAAACCGCCCUUCAGGCGCAGCCGUCUCCACCAGCGUCUAUUGAGAUUUUGGACGAGGGUCCUGUCGGCGGUUUUAUUGAGGACUUCCACCGGCAAGCUACUUCUGCUGCUGUUACCGGUGGUAAUUCUAGUAUGCCUCCCGUCAGUCGCAGCGAGAACAAGUCUGGGGAUUCUAGGCUGAAUUAUCACCUACCCCUCCGCACCGGUGGUUGGAUCGAGGAUACUCCUUUCAAGAUUCCACCGCAAAUGAAGCCAUGGUUCGAGACUCCUGGCGGCGAACCUACCGACCAGUUUUAUCCCACCAUUGACCUGUUGUGUGGGGAGUCGGUGGCUACUGAUUCAGCUAAGGACGGUGGCGACUUAGGCUACCGUGCCUUUAAAGAUUUGAUUACGCCUGCUGACAGGCCACAAGGUCAGAUUGAUGCCCCUGCUGCUCAACACUUUAAUGACCUCUACAAGGCCGUUCAGUCCAGCAUGGACCUGUACUACGUUUACCGCUGGAACCAGCUGCAGCUGACUCAGAAUAACAUUGAUAUGGCCGAUUUGAGGAAGCGGGCUGAGGAUGCUGAGUCUUUGCUGGAAGACAGCAAGAAGAAGUUGGAUGCUGCGGCUUCUGAUUUGGAGGCGGCUAAUAAACGGCUCAGUGAUAUUGAGCCAAAGAUGCAGGCUGAGGCUGAGAGAGCAGACGGUUUGGAUCAACAGCUGGCAAGUAUUAAUGCAAGCUUGCCGGGCGUAAAGAAAUCUGCCGCCAAGAAAGCCGUUGAUAAACUUCUCCAGUCUGACUGGUUUAACGACAUUCUGACUUUGCGCCAUAACUGCGGUUGGUGUGCUGCACAUCGAGUCGUUUGCCAUGUGAAGAAGCUGGACGAGGAUGGCUGGCAAGAGUUUGAAGAUGGCUAUGAGGAGAAAGAGCUGUACAAGGUUGCAACCGGCUUUGAGCCUCAGGAGCUACCCGAGGCGGUGAUUUGCAAUGCUAAUCAGAGGACCCUGCCUCCUUUGGAUGUUCCGAAAGCAGCUUAUUGGUCUGAUGAUGAGCCUGCCGUUUGACGGUUUCGGCAGUCAUCACCUUCCUCCUCUUGCGGAUCUUCUUCUUUUCCCAGCCGGCCUCAUACUUGUUAGGAUUUUUAUUUUUAUUUUGGCGGUUGGCUUUAGAUUUUUUGGCAAAUGCUGUUAGGGCACUUCAAUGUUGAUGUAAUUUUAAUUUAUA